GCGCACUCCUGCACUCGCGCCCGCUCCUCCCGCACGCGCGCCGCGCCCUCACCUCUCUCUCCCCCUCCAAACCCUACCCCGCGCCGCUGUCCAGGUCCAGCCCCACGCCGCCAUCGUCUUCUUCGCCCAGCCGGCCGCCGCCGCACCGCACGCUCGUGCGCAGGGGCGAGAAGUGGAACCGCCGCCCGCUCCCGGAGCGCGAGGAGGACGAGGUGAGGCAGCGCCCAGAUCCACGGCGGCAUCGACGCGCCGUCGUCGACCUGAGCCGCCACCGUCCUCGAGGUCGGCCAUGGAGGGGGGGGGGGGGGUUCCGACCCAGCUGCAGCCGUCGUCCAGACCAAGAUGCCCAAACAGUUCCUGCUGAUCCAGACGAAGAUCCUCGAUUUCUUCAAGAUCCAGCGGCGCCCGGCAGCCGCGGCGGCCGAGCCGCCGGAGGGGAAGAAGAGGAAGCGGAAGGCCGCCAGCGCGCUGGUGGUGUCCGAGAAGAAGAGCAGGAAGCUACCCUUCACCCCCAGCAAGACCCCGUCCGGCGCCUCACGUAGAUGGCCUCGCUCGCCACGGCGCUCACGGCCACCAGCGCCGUCUUCAGCAACGACCUCACCUACGUGCCCGGCAUGGCGCCCCGGUCCGCCAACCAAUCCGCCCUCGUGGCAGGAGGGAUGCAGGUGCUGCCAAGGGAGAAUGCAGAGACAUUGAGCCUAUGGAAGAGGAUGAUGGAGCAAGGGGCCUCUCCUCGUCGUCUUCAAUCCGGUGGAAGGGUUAGUACUGUCUGCACAAUUCGCUGCUCAUUUCUGAUCUUGUAUGUAGGUGUAGGAGGAGUUAUGGGAGCUGAUCCAGGACAUGGGAUGCUAACCAUCUACUUGGGAAGGGUUUCUUUCAAAUCAGUGAAUGGAUUGGAGCCCUUGAAGAAUUUGAAUGGAGCAUAUGUAUGCACGUUGCACUUCAUCUUAGGCGCGUGCGACUGUUACAUGUUAGUUAAGACUUAGUUUUUGUGAUGCAUACCAGAGAUAAUGUUUUCUUCGAUGAUUUAGUUAUAGUUGUCGUCAAUAUUUAUCAAAAAGUUAGGUCAGAAAAACAGUCAAUCUCAAGCUUUCUAAUGAAGUCAGUGGCAAGUAACAAGUUUUUUCCUGUUUGAAUUUUCUGUACUUACACCUGCUUUUCGAUCUUUUUAUACACUGUGAGAGUUGAUGUGGAGGUGAAAGCGUGUAAUUCUGUAGAGGUUGCCAACACUAAAGUUUUUGACUUUUUUUCCUCUUCGUAGUUGAUUUAGUUGAAUCCAAAACAAUUAUCACCAACUGUAGAUUUGACCUGGUGAUUGAGUUAUGCUUCUCAAGGAUUAUAACUGUAGUUGUUUCCUGUCUAAUAUUAUUUGUCAGCAAAUUUCUUUAUUGAAAUCUUGAAUAAGGGAACUAUAAUAAUGCAGAGAAAUAACGGUUUUUCUUAUUUUGCCAACAGGUGCAUGUUAUGAUUAUUGUGUUGAAGUGCUGAUUGCUGACCUAUGCCUUUGAUGUCCAUUUCAGUUUCCAUUUUAGAUAUGUAAUGAUGUUGCAAUUGCUAAGAUAAUGGAAGCAACACUUAUUUUGCCAGUUCUGAAGCAGGACCAAAUAUGGAAAGACCAGGCCCGGCGCUGUCAUCUUCUCGCGUGGCUGCCUCCAGCCCAUCCAACCCUCUGCUCUCCUCCACCAGGUGAAAGCAGCACCACCGCACACGCCCUGCCGUCGUGACUGCCGAUGACCUACGGGCCCGUCUCUCUCUCAAUCUCAAUCUCCUUGUGGACUGAAAGUUGGUGCCAUGUGAUAAUUUUAUGUGAUUUGAUGCCUCUGGUUCUUCCAUGAUAAUUAUGUUUGUUGUCUUGAAGGAUGGCGUGGUUGAUGCAAUCCGUGUAUCCCUCACGGAUCCACUUGGAACUCAGGCUGCAAACCAUCAAAUAGUGGGCUGGGUACCAGACCGGAGAGGGGCGGGGAGGAGAGUUCUACGGCGGCAGCGCCAGGAUCAACGCGUGGGACCUGGAACUGAAGCCCGAUCAGGCCAGCUCGUCGGUCAUGUGGCUCGCCAGCGGCAACAAUCAGAUCAUGUCGGGUUUCAUGGUAUCCCCCGAGCAGUACAACGACACCGAUCUCCAUUUCUUCGUGUCAUGGACGGCCGAUGGGUUCAACGCCACGGGCUGCAUGGACACGGACUGCCAGGGCUUCGUGGGCUCCACGCCGCCGGCCAGCGUCUCCCCCGGGUCGACGGUCACGCCGACGUCCGUCUACCACGGCAACCAGACCGAGUACACCGUCACCAUCCUCCAGGUGGCUGGGAACUGGUCCCUCAUCGUGGACCCGUCGGGGGAGAACGAGACGGUCGGGUACUUGCCCGGCUCACUGUUCACGGGCCUGGCGAGCAACGCGACGGUGGUCGGCUGGGGAGGCAACGCGCAGUCGUCGUCCGGCGCCGGGCCGCCGAUGGGGAGCGGACACGGGCCGGACGAGGGGGACGGCGUCGCGGCCUACGUGGCCAGCAUCGCGGUGUACGAUUCCAAGGGGAACGCCACCGCCCCGGCGGCCGGGAACGUGACGUCGCUCACGGACGCCGGAGACUGCUACGGUGCCAGCGAUUACGAGGUCGGAAAGGACGACGGCGGGUUCUUCUAUUACGGGGGGCCUCAAGGUUGCAACCACUAAAAUGUGAGGAUGGCUUCAUCAUGGGUGUCGAGACUCGAGACCAACAGUAGUCAUCAGAUAUGAUGAAUAAGUGGAUGAUUUAUAAUUACAGUACUACAUUUUAUCUAGCAAACAUGCAUGUGCGGUUACAAAUAAUGUAUGCUCAUAGCACAAUGAGCACGACUCAAGACCCGCUUUAGGUCCACGUUACCUAUUUCAA